CGACGUUCGGCGACGUUCGGCGAAGUCGAGCCGCGGCCCCGGCGGAGCGGCGUAACGAGGGAGCGAACGAAGCUUUCGAGCGAGCGCGAGCGAGCGAGUAAGCGAGUGAACGUACAACGAGCCGUACGAGCGUGCGAAUGCGCCGCUGCUGUUGCGUACCACGGUGCAACGCCAUUUUCUGUGCCCGCGGGUGAAGUCGAUUCGCGUACAGUCGUCCCGUGGUACGUGCGUGCGUCGUGCGUGCGUGCGUGUGAUCGGUCGCCGCGACGUCGUCAGGGCGACGUCGCCUGCGUUGAUCGCUGCCUCGUCCUCUCCUGACGAGGACCCCGUCGUUCUCCUCGGCUCCUGCCCGCCUGCACGGUUUCCCCGCCCGGGAUAUGCGCGAGCACGCGGCGAACAGUAGUACGACGGAUAGAAUGGUCUCGAGAGAGCGGUGAGUAAGCUGUCGCGCGGAGGAGUCAGGAGGAGCAGCGAACAGUCGGCAAAAUGCCGCUUCCGAAACGACUAGUGGAGCCGGUACAUGUGGCACGCGGCACCAUCCCCGAGGACUUCCCGCUGCCAUCGGAACUCGAGGCUGCCACCAAUGGCACCCUGGCCAACACUAUUAGACAACUGUCCAGUCUGUCGAGGCACGCCGAGGACUUAUUUGGCGAGCUGGCGAGAGAGGCGCACGGGUUGAGCGAUCGUGCAAAUUCUCUGCAGGCCAGGAUAGAUCGUUUGGCUGUCAAGGUCACUCAGCUGGAUAGUAAUGUUGAAGAAGUCUCUUUGCAAGACAUACACAUGAGGAAAGCCUUCAAGAGUUCCGUGGUAUUCGACCAGCAAGUAGUCUCAAGGGAUACGAUGCCAACGGCGAUGCUGGAGACGUAUCAUCAGUGCGACACCCCACCACCACUAGAUAAGCUUAAUAUUUACAGAGAGGACGGCAAGGAUGGUUUAAAGUUUUACACCGAUCCAAAUUAUUUCUUUGAUUUGUGGAGUCAAGAGAUGCUCAAGGAUACGGAAAAGAAGUUGCACGAUCGGGGAAAGAAGAGCGAGUCUGAAUAUGCCGAACCGUUCAGAGAGCCGCACAGGCCUCGGAAUGAGGGUGGUGGCGGCGGUGGAGGUAGACACAAGAAGCGCGUGAGGCAGCCGCACAACACGAGGGAACGGCAACGGCAACUGGCCGUCGGUCAUGGCGAGUAUAUCAUGCCAACGCAGACGGUGCAAUACAGAGCACCGCACAACGUGCAGCCCGAUGAUGCGUUGCUGGGUAUGGUGAUGACGGAGUCCAGACCGCCCAGGCCCAACAGCAUCGAGCUGCGACGAAGCUAUCCGCCGGAGGAACAGCAUCUCUACAGCCCGCCGUCUUCCGACUAUAGAGCAACGAACUACGUGGCACAGGGCUACGACGAGUACGGGCACUACGCCCCGGGUCAGGCGCCUGCCGGCAGCGAGGCGUAUCAGAGUCCCGGCGGUCAGAGCACUCCGAGCCGAGGUGGAAGGUCGCGACCGUCGCAACCGCCGCCGGCACCGCCAAGCAACGCUUCCAGUAAUUCCACACCCACGGUGGCAUCUGCCAACAACACUCCUACCAGGGGAAGAUCCAUGAGCACUGGCAGGGAUACUCUGCCGCCACCACCACCGCCACCGGGAGAAACCAUGUCUCCUCCUUCCAUGAAUGGUUCCAUACCGUCGCAUUUGCUAAACAGGACCGGAAGUCGGUCAGACAGUCCUUUGCCCAGCCAGCGCUCGACGCCAACGCCACCAAAUCAUUCGGGGCAGUUAGGCGCGGACGAGACGGAUCCGGCAGCACCCCAGGAUCUCCCGCCGCCUCCGCCGACUCCAGAUCCCACGCCGCCGAGGCCUAUUUCGCCUCCGUGCAACAUACCGCCACCUCCACCGCCACCCCCGCCGCCGCCAGUUGCUAAUGGACCCACGGCACCGUUGCCGUUGACGAACGGCGACAUCGCGAAGAUGAUCGCGACCAAUCCGCCAAAAUUAAAGCCCCUGAAAAGCAUCGUCGACGGCCAGCUCAGAAAGCCCGUCAAUCCGAACAUCCCGCUGGUCGAUCCGCGGAACGAUUUGCUCAAAGCGAUCCGCGACGGAAUAAAGUUGCGCAAGGUCGAAAAGAUCGAGCAGAAGGAGGUGGAGCGAGUGAAUGCUCUCAACGACGUCGCGUCGAUCCUAGCACGGCGCGUCGCCGUCGAAUUCAGCGACAGCGACUCGGCAUCAGAGAGCGAGUGUGACAGCGAAGGAUGGGGUGAGCAAGAGAGCAAUCUGGCGUGACCCAACUCUCUGCCAUCUACCGCUGCCACUGCCUCUUAGGGAAACUGCUGACGGUUCUUCCGUUUCGAACGGUUCCAGACAUCUCUUCGCCAGCGCCUGUAGCGAGCCGAUCCAUUUCGUCCGUUUGCAACAUCUCGCUUACGAGAAUCCGCGGAACGCUCGCGUGCUUUAAACCCGUCGUAUCUCCAGUCCUGGAUGAUCUCUCCAGGAUCAGGCGAGAUGAAUGAUAAGUUAUAGACGGCGAUCCCGCACGAUUCUCUCCCAACAAAGAGGAUCCCCUCUCAGUCUUAUCGCGCACGAUCGUUGCACGAAAUAGGAUCUUACAGAUUAAUUUAUUAUCGCUCAUCGAACAAAGACAAUACGCAUUUCUUUACGUUCGCUUCUCUCGUAUUAUUGAUACGAGAAAACUCGAAUCUUGUUAAUUUAUUCUCCUUGAGGAAUUCGCUCUAUGAAAAGGCGCAAAACCUUCACUUGGAUGAGAAAGGAAAUAUUCGAAUUCUUAAAAAUUCGUGAAAAAUAAUUAUUCAAGAAAUCUGCACUCCGACAAUUACGUAGAAUUGUCGUCUAUUCAAGACUAAAAAGUAACCCGGCAAAAUCUAAUCAGUUGGUCGGCCGGCUGGUCAGUCAGCCGACAAAGCAAUAGCACCAUUUUUAGUUUAAUCACUUUCCUUUCCUAGGACAUUCACGAAAACGCGCUAAUUGCGGCCGAUUUAAUGGUGCGCGUAGCUUUCGCCGUGCUGGCGAAACGCGAGUCGAUUUUCGAGUGCAGCGAACGGGAACUCGUCAACUCGCGAGGUUCACGCACUAGGUAAUAAUUAGACGUUGUCGAUCCGAGGUACGAAUCCCGGAUGGACAGAGAAAGCUGGAAAACGUGGCUGACAGGUUGAACGUCACGUUUUGAAGUUUUUAUCGAUACGGUAUCGACGCUCAGAAUUAAGGACAUGGUUCACAUAUUUCCAGCUUGUAUGUCAAAGAUCAGGAAACCUAGAAAUUGAUACUGAGAAUAUCAGUAACACUACCGUUUAUUUAUGAAAUAUUUAUGAAAUGUAUAAUAAGAUUUAUAAUGUGUUAGGUGAGAGGCACGUUAAAUCGUAACUCUUACGCGUCAAUCUUCAAUGAUCGGCAUCGCAAUUUCAUUAUCCGGUAAUCGCAUCGUGGACGUUCAAACUGUCAGCAGAAUGCGCACACGGAGACAGAAAGAAAGUGAACGAGUCGACUUGUCGAAGUCGUGGCUCACCAAACGGAGAGACUUCCUGCCCGGCACAUUCCAUUAGGACGACGUACGACGAUCGUUCACUCACACGUACGUAUGUACACACACACACACACACGCAACACAAAAAUACCUACACUUACACACGCAUACGUUAUGUAAUAAUAAUGAUAACGAUUAAUAGUAAUAAUGAUAAUAUAUAAGCGUCUCUAAGUACCCCAUAGACAAGCGCUCCGCGAUGAUACGUACGCUAUCCGUAAAGUUGGCGCGAGUUAAAACCAAAAGGCGCAGGGCUGAGCGCCCUCGCGCGCGACUGUAAGAUAAACUCGAAGAAACUCCUCUUUUCGUAUGCUUGUCACGAGAAAGUCCUCCGGGAUGUGUCUUUUUCUCUUUUGUUCCAUCUUCCGCGUUCCCGAACCGCGCGAUCUUCCAUGCCGAGACGUUGGCAGGAAUAUAGGAGAAAGGAAAAAGAAGUGGAAAAGGAGGAGGUGUGAAAGGUGUAAUCGCACCGUUUCAGACAGUUGAAUCGGUUUCAUCUUUAUUUCGAUUUUUUUUCGUAGAAUAUUAUGUAUUAUGUAUAGUAUUUUUCUUAUCUUAUUUUUUUCAGAUGAUAUAUGUACGUGCGUGCGCGCGCGCGCGAGACAGCCGUAGCUGCAAUAUAAAUACCUCAAUUCUUUUUAGGGGAGAGACGAAUAGAGAUAGAGAAUAAAAUUUGUUUCGUAGAUACUAUUCUUUUUUUUUGAAGAACGAGGCGAUUACUUCCGUCGCACCCUGCGGAGGCCGUUUUGUGCCUGAGAACCCAAAAUACUCCGUUGAGCGUAGGAUGGUGCGACCAAACGCGGGAGGGGACUAAGAUUUUCUAGCGUAUAUGAUGCAUUUAGCGUGUUAUACUCGCGAGAGAAAGAGAGAGAGAGAGAAAGAGAUAUACAAAAGCACAUAUUGUUGUUAAGAACGCAGGAGCACGCAGGUUGCCAAUCGGAGGGUAACGAGGAGGAAGAUACGAUUGUGAUCCAUUUUGCAUCGAUGUUGGCGAAGCACGACGACGACCCUAGAUAAGCUGGUACGCAUAUGUAUGUAUGUAUGUAUAUAUAUAUACACAUAUAUACACACAGAUAUAUAUUAUAUAUAUUAUAUUAUAGUAUAUAUAUAUAUUAAAUAUAUCUCGAAUCGUGUUAAGAUUACCGCGAAAACUCGCAGCGGUGGCGGGAAACAAGACCGUUUUUCCUCCCCCUCGAUCCCUCGAAUUCCCCAAUCCCCCUCUGAGAGAGUAAGAUCUGUAAAUUUUCUUGUAUGUACUGCGCAAAUCUUGUGUAAGUAACGCGGAAACUGAACGCGAGCGAUUCUCCGCUGGCACGCGAACACUCGAAGGGUUUGCUUGCCGAAAAAUAUGCUAGAGGAAUCGAGGAAUUCUCGUACGAUCUUUUGCAUAAAGUUUUCUCAGGAAAUCGAAUAAAGGGAAUUUUUAGUUUUUCUCAAAAGAUCGAGAUGGUGCUGAAUUUUGUUCGCACUUUCACUUGCAUAACUUUCUUCAGUUGGCAAAGUUAGAUUUCAAUUUUUACAUUCAUCGUUUGCCUGAUUUCUGAAUCGCGAGCCCUUCGCAUUGCUUUUACGUCGCGAUGCUCGAUUGAUUCGAGACGCGUAAUCGUGAUCUAAUAUAUUUAACACUUCAUCGUGUACAAAUUAUUCUGUGCGAGGGCGAAGUGGCGUGCGGCAACGACAUGUGUACAUUUACGUGGAUCUAAGAAUGUAGCCGGAAGCUGUAACACAGUGUAAUAAUAAUUAAUCUCUAUGUACGUUACGUAAGAGGCUCGUUGAGAUAAAGAGUGAACUGCCUGAGAAAAGAACCAAACUUUUUUAGGCUCAAUUUAUUUCAGACUAAACCAAGUCACAAAGCCAAAAACGACUUUUGCUAAAGUCGUAAUUUUGCUAAAGCCGCAUUCAUCUUUUUUUUCAUUCAAAUCAUAUCAAUUAAAUUCAUUUAAAAUAUUCUAUUUAUAUCAAUAAUAGAAUAUUUCAUCAAAUAGUGAUUAAUUUCUUUAUAAUGGCCAAAGACGAUACAUAAAAAAUCGUUUGCUUGGUUUAGUUUUUCAAAUAAAUUGUGCUUCACGUCGGAUGUCUCCUCUUCAUUUGAGUAACCCUUAUACGGGAUGCACCAGUAUAACUCCCUUAAAAAAAUAUCUUAUUUUUUUAUUGUUUUUUAGGAGUAUGUCUUGAAUUACGUUAUAAACUUGCUGAUUGUACAAUUGGCUGAUUUCGUGCAGGGAUACUGGUGCAUUCGGUAUACAUAUACACGCAAACGACAUGCGGUGUAGACCGAAACUAGACAUAAGAACACUGUAGACGUAAAGGAUUAUUCUUAGUCUAUCUCGCCAAUUUACGACACAGUAUUUAUCGAAGGUCUUUUCGAGGGGAAAAGAGAGAAAGGAAGUGUAGGGCUGUUUUGUCAUGGACGUAAGCUUCUCGAUGUCACGCGCGAGUUUGUACGAACGAAAUAAGUAUAGCCGUCACACUCGUCUUGACCGCGCUCCUUCCCGCAAGGUUUCCCGUAAACUAAAAAAUUAUCAAUUGUCAUGCCGUACCUAUGUCCACGGGUGUAUUCCAAAGCUUGUGUAAACAAAAUACGCUCCAAGUACGUAAAUCGACGAACGAUCGUCGUCUGUGAGUUUGACGAGAGAGAGAGAAAGAGAAAGAAAAAGAAAGAAGAAAAUAAAAGAGGAAUCUGUGAAGAACGAAGGGAUAGUCUCUGGGCUCGAUGUCUUCACGACUCGCGAGGAAUUCAUCCGGAAUGAGAGCGUCAUUUACCUAUACCAUAAACACAAAUAUACGAUGGUAUUAUUAAUAAUAAAUUUGUAGCAAAUCUGUACAGAGCGCCAAAUAAAUCAAAAAAAUUUCGUAAAUA